UGUAAGAUUGACAGAUAAAUAUCAACUAAGUCUUAAAUUAUCAUGUGUUAAAUACUACACGAAAUUAUUCAAAACAUGAAUUAUUAGUUAUAAAUAAUUGAAGCUGAUAAAACUUUAUCGAAUAUAAAGUCCACGUAAUCAUAAUGCAAUUAUAACCUAAAUCGUAAAAUGGCCCGGCAACGAAGAAAGGAAACAUCUGAGAAUAAAGCAGAUAAAGGAACCAAUAGUAGUAGUAGUAAUGGUAGCAACUAUCCAGAAUUUAAACCCAAAGAAAUGCGAAGCAUAUAUACCUUCUGGAAACAAAUAAUAUGCUUUGUAGUUUUACUUAUAGCAGUAGUUUUUGGCUACAUGGGAUACUUGGAAACAAGAGUUAAUACCCCAUUUGAUAGUGUUAAAGUGGUUGCUCAAAGUGGAUUGGAUGUUCCAAAACAGUAUUGGGGCAGUUAUAGGCCAGGGGUUUAUUUUGGAUUGAAAACAAGAGACCCUCAUUCCAUGGUCAAUGGUCUGAUGUGGUAUUUUCCUAAAAGACUGAGGCCUGGAGGUGAUGGGAUAAGACACUGGUGUGAACAAGGAGACAAUCUUGAAAAAUAUGGAUGGAAAAAACAUGAUGGAGAAAGUUUUGGUGUUCAGGAAAUCAUAGAUGGACCUUUUAUCUUGACAACAUCAUUUAUAAAAAAGGCAGGAGGUUCUUAUGGAGGUGACUGGACAGCCAGAAUUGAAGUAGACGUUUUGCCAGAAUUUGAGUCAUUUAAAGGUGAAGAUGUCUGUUUGUUGUGGUAUACUGCCUUAGAUGAAUAUACAAAAGGCAGUAUUAAACCUACCAAUAGUGCCACCAAACUUACUGGAGUGAGAGGGAGAACGUCUGGUCUAGGCGAUUUCGUCAUAAAAAUUUUUAAUACUACAGGUGCUGUUGAUAAAGAAUCAUACUUAAGCACAAAAGUUGAAGGGUUAUCUUUACUCAAAGAAAACGUGAUAUCAUCUUUGCGACUUGAAUCAAGUAAACCAGACGGUCCUAGAAGAAUUAUUUUAGCAGGUGAAAAGCUGUUUUCCAGUACCAAUGAAAAGGUUGAGCCAAAUUUUAUUGCAACCCAGGUUCAAGGUCGGGUUCCCUUUUCUAUUGAUGUUGUUUUUGAAUCUGCUAGUGUGGGUCCACGGGAACAAAUAUUUAAAGGUGACGUUUACACCCAAGCCUUAAAAUGGCAUAUGGACAGAUUCGAUCGUAAAUUUGAAGACAUAUUUAAUUUACAGCAAAAAGGGUUUAAACCAAAGGAAAUUGAUUUCGCUAAAUCGGCACUGAGUAACAUGGUGGGUGGAAUUGGAUAUUUUUAUGGUGCUUCCAAAGUAGAAAGUUUUUAUAAUAACGAACCUGUUCAUUACUGGAAUGCACCAUUAUACACAGCAGUUCCUUCAAGGAGCUUCUUCCCAAGAGGAUUCUUAUGGGAUGAAGGUUUUCAUGGUCUCUUGAUUUCACAAUGGGAUUUGGACAUUGAAUUGGACAUUAUUAGUCACUGGUUUGAUCUUAUAAAUGUAGAAGGUUGGAUACCUAGGGAGCAGAUUUUAGGGGUAGAAGCUUUAGCCAAAGUUCCUGAAGAAUUUGUAGUUCAAAGAAACACAAAUGCUAAUCCACCAACAUUCUUCCUAACACUUAGAUAUAUUAUUGCGAAAUAUGAAAAGGAACUGGCUGGAACUCGUUUACAAUUAUUGGAGAGACUGUAUCCUAGACUACAGGCAUGGUUUACAUGGUUCAACACAACACAGAAGGGGACAGUUCCCGGUUCAUACCGUUGGAGAGGAAGAGAUCCUUUAACUAACCGUGAAUUAAAUCCAAAAACGCUCACUUCAGGAUUGGACGACUAUCCCAGGGCGUCCCACCCCACCGAUGAAGAACGUCAUAUCGAUCUCUAUUGUUGGAUUGUAAUGGCAGCUGACACCAUGGCUAAACUCUCAAAAAUUUUAAAUAAGGAUGGAUUUAAAUAUGAACAAACGGCGGCGUACUUAAGAGACAACAAACUAAUGGAUCGUCUACAUUGGUCCGACUUCGCCCAGGUCUACGCGGAUUAUGGUUAUCACACUGAUUCUAUAAUUCUACAACGUCCCAAACCGUUGCCAAGAUCACAAAACCAAAACCUAGAAAUGAUCCGAAUUACGACUAAAAAUCCAGAAUAUCGCUUAGUCGACUCUUCUUUUGGAUACGUCAGUUUAUUUCCAUUUUUAAUGCAGAUUAUCGAGCCCGAUUCUCAUAAAUUGGGAAAAAUUCUUACGGACAUUCGAAAUCCUAACAAUUUGUGGUCAGACUAUGGUUUAAGAUCGCUGUCUCCAAAUUCUCCGUUAUACAUGAAAAGAAACACUGAACACGAUCCACCUUACUGGAGAGGUCAAGUUUGGAUUAACAUUAAUUUUUUGGCAAUAAGAGCAUUACAUUUUUAUUCUAAUGUAGAAGGUCCUUUUAAAAAUCAAUCCAAAGAAAUAUACAAAGAAUUAAGGAUGAACGUUAUACGUAACUUAAUGAACCAAUAUACCAAAACUGGCUAUAUUUGGGAGCAAUACAAUGACAAAACUGGUGAGGGUAGUGGUUGCCGACCAUUUACAGGCUGGUCGGCCCUUGUAGUCUCUAUUAUGGGGGAGACGUAUUAAUUACAAAAAUUGUGAUAAAUUUUCCAAAAUCUGUUCUGUUCAGCAACGUCUUGUACGCUCAGAUCUCAUUAUGUUGAGACAAUAGUUUUAAGUUUAUCAAUAGAAAUUUAUUAUUAAAUGGCAUUUGUAAAUAAUACCUGAAAUGUUUGUCUCAUUGUGAAAAUCCCAUAAAAUAAUAAAAAAUUAUAAUUUAAAUGUUAUCUUGAAUCACCUGUCGACAUACUUUUAGAAAUAAAAAAAUAUACUGUUGUA